ACAGCAUCACGACGAUUCUGUCUGAAAGCUGCUUUUUAUAAUGUCUCAUAAAAAUACGAUGUCACCAACAAUUAUCGACGAAAUGAACGAGGAAAAACUGCAUGAACUUUGCGAAAAUUUGGAGAAGUACCAGAGCUACUGUCAUUCACUGUGCGAGUACGUGAACAACCCUGUCACUUCCAUCAAUGGCAGUUCUGUCCCCUUCUACAUACUCCAGCAAUUCGCGUACGACCAGGAGAAAUUGGCCAACAUCAAGAAUCCAGAAAUGACUAAAUUUGUUGCCGCCAUAGCCGACACUGCCUGUCUCCUAGGAACUGUUCCGUAUCCCCCCGGUGGAUUAUAUGAAGUGUCCAUGACAAAACCUUCCAUAAUAUUGAACGACAAGACGAUAGCCAAUUUGGCUCAGGAAAGGGAUCACAAUAAACAGCAAAUACGAGUUGCCAUAGAAAAUCACGUGACUAGCUCGGUGAGGAGUUUGUUAAAGGCAAACGAAGGAUUCUUCAGGGCAUGUACCAAACGACAAGGGUUGAAUACACGAUAUGUUUGGACAAAGGUUAACAGCAUCAACGUCUCCGUGAUAGCCGAGGAUGUGAUUUCACGUGCGUCAAAAAGAAAAUUCAAGGUACUUGGAAGCUCCGAUCUGAAGAAAGCGGCAAACUGGCUCAGUCCUAAAAUCAAGAGAAAGGCGUGCUUUCCACCAGGUGGUUUGUGUUUCUCUAAGAACCGAAGUGGGUUCCGGUUUAAGAUUUCCGGAAGAACAGACGCCGCGAAACCCUUGCCUGGUUUCUUUGACACACGAUCAGAUCUGCGCGUGAAGUGCAAGAUGGGGUUGCUGCACGGUACAGUCGGGUUCGGCUGGAUCCGGAAGUCAGCCUUGAGCAAGGAGAAAACUUGGGGCAUGUUUGUUCAUCCUCCUACAUACGGGUUCUGAUUCUCCAACACGCAAUCAUGGAUUUUUCACGAAAAUUUUGGCAAAAAAUGUUGUUAUUUGUGGAUUUCUUUGACGGAGAGAACUUUGCUAUCAGUAUCAAUGAAUCAAAUUGGCAUAUCAGUGAAAAUCAUGGACACUGUUAUUGGACUUUUUAUUAUGCUGCUAACUGUGAUAUUUUGACGUCAUUCAUUCAUUCAUUAUUC